CGUCGGCGCAGCCGGCGCACCGAUUGUGUCGCGCGCAUUCAGUUUCAGUCGCGGUUUAUCGGCCGGUAAGGUGGUAGACGCUCUUGGAAAGCGCUCGAGCCUUGUCGCGACUCCCCAACAAUCUCUUAUAGCUCUGACACGGCAUCACACGGUCUCUCACACGGUAUAUUCCACCACGAAUAUAAUAGCCGACAAAUUGUAGAACGAUAUUUUUUGAUCCUUUUUAUAUUUGCGAACAUUUCAUAUUAGUAGUCAGUCUCGUCAGAGCAUUGAUUUGAAUCAAGAGAAGGGAGGUGAAACAUGGCGGAGAAAAUGUACUACCCCAAUUCGGAGCUCGCGAGGAAAUCGCAUUGCGGUAGCAUGGAACAGUACAAGCGAAUGCAUGAAAGAUCUAUACAGGAUCCGGUGCAGUUCUGGGGUGAAAUCGCUAAACAGUUUUACUGGGAAACGCCAGCGAUAGAUGACAAGUUCUUUUCGUACAAUUUCGAUCUGAGUAAAGGUGAUGUUUUCAUCAAGUGGAUGGAAGGAGCGUCGACAAACAUAAGCUUCAAUUUACUCGAUAAAAAUGUAAAGAGUGGAAACGGCGAUAAAAUUGCAUUUUAUUGGGAAGGAAACGAUCCGGAAGAUUAUUCGCGAUUAACAUAUAGAAAAUUACUCGAGGAGACAUGCAGAUUUGCGAAUGUUCUCAAGUCAAAGGGUAUUUCCAAGGGGGAUAAAGUAGUGCUUUAUAUGCCGAUGAUUUUGGAACUACCGAUUGCUAUGCUAGCUUGUACGAGGAUAGGGGCAGUUCAUAGUGUAGUGUUCGCAGGAUAUUCAUCUGAUUCGUUAGCAGAACGUAUCCUUGAUUCCAAGGCCAAAAUUCUCAUCACCACUGAUGGUGUGUGGAGAGGCGAGAAAUUACUUCUAUUGAAAAAUAUUUGUGAUGAAGCUGCAGAUAAAAUUAAGAAGCAUGGCCAUCAACUCGAAAAUUGUAUCGUUGUCGCGCAUCUGAGAAGACUCAAUAAUCCUCAGGGUAAGGUAAACGGAAUGAAUGGUACUAGUAAUGGUACGGCCAUGGAGGUGACUAAUAUUUCUUGGGAUGACGAUCGAGACAUUUGGUGGCAUGAUGAAAUGGAGGAGGCGGAGGCAAGCUGUUAUCCAGUUUGGAUGGCUGCCGAGGAUCCACUUUUUAUCCUUUAUACUAGUGGCUCUACUGGAAAACCAAAGGGUGUUCUCCAUACUACUGCGGGAUAUUUAAUUUACGCGGCAACAACUUUCAAAUAUGUUUUUGACUAUCAUCCAGGUGAUAUUUAUUGGUGUACCGCUGAUUGUGGCUGGAUCACAGGACACACUUAUGUGGUUUAUGGUCCGUUGGCGAAUGGUGCAACAUCUGUUAUAUUUGAGGGUACACCCUUUUAUCCGGAGAAUGAUCGAUAUUGGUCCAUCAUCGAUAAAUAUAAGGUUACACAAUUUUACACGGCGCCAACAGCCAUCAGAUCACUAAUGAAAUUUGGCGAUGAUCUUGUGAAGAAGCACAGUUUGUCUACACUUAAGGUUCUUGGUUCAGUCGGCGAACCAAUUAAUACCGAAGCUUGGCUCUGGUUUUAUAAUCUCAUUGGCCAUGGCAAGUGCAGUAUAGCAGAUACUUUCUGGCAAACGGAAACUGGUGGUCAUGUAAUUACACCGCUGCCAGGUGCCACACCUAUGAAACCAGGUUCAGCGACAUUUCCUUUCUUUGGAGUUCUGCCAGAGCUUCUCGAUGAGGAUGGUCGCGUGAUCGAGGGCGAAGGAGAAGGUUAUCUUGUCUUCCGUCGACCAUGGCCGGGUAUGAUGCGGACUCUGUACGGAAAUCACCAGCGUUUCCAAAAUACAUACUUUGAUCGAUUCAAUGGAUUUUAUUGUACAGGAGAUGGAGCAAGACGCGAUGUGGAUGGAUAUUUAUGGGUAACUGGCCGUAUUGAUGAUAUGUUGAACGUUUCCGGUCAUCUAAUGUCAACGGCUGAAGUGGAAAGCGUAUUGGCAGAACACUCCUCUGUAGCCGAGGCCGCGGUAGUCAGUAAAUCGCAUCCUGUUAAAGGUCAAUGUCUAUAUUGUUUCAUUACACCGACUGCAGGCACGACAUUUGAUGAAAAAUUGCAAAGCGAGCUUAAAAAGAAAGUACGCGAGAGGAUUGGUCCAUUUGCCCAACCGGAUAUCAUUCAACAUGCCCCUGCUCUACCGAAAACAAGAUCUGGCAAAAUCAUGAGACGUAUGCUAAGAAAAAUCGCAGCGGGUGACAGGAAUAUCGGAGAUACAUCAACAUUGGCCGAUGAGACAGUCAUUCAACUUCUCUUUGAAUUAAGGCCAUAUGUUUAAGAUGCGCGGUUUUUGUUUGUAAUAGAGAAAUGAAAGUAUCUUAUGAGAAGACUUUUCAUGUCGAUCAUCAAACGAACAUCGGAAAUAUAUCGCAUAAUUCGGAUACUUUCAUAAAAAUAAAAUAAUAAAUCGCACAUUAAAUCGA